AGCUGGGUAUCGUCUAUGGGGAAAACUUGGAAUAGCUUCGGUGGCUAUCGUGGAAGACUUCAUCGCAGGACAUGAAGCGAAAGGAGUUGCUGGCUGCGUGCGAAGAGCUGGUCAAGUCAUUUGAUCCCGCAAAGACAACAAUCGACGCCCAUGCGACGGAAGAACUUCAAAGAUUAUCCUCUGUGAGUGAUCAGCGGUUCCUUCAGCAGGUUCUUUACGGCUCGUAUCGCUAUCGAGAACUCUUGCGUCCCAUGCUCACAAUAUUUCUCGACUCACAUUCCAGUCAGGUGAGUCGAACUGACUACACCAAGUUUCUCAUCAUGGGGUAUCUCGCCAUGUUCCGUCUCGAGGAGCUCGGUACCACUGCAUUUGCGGGUUUGGCUUUGGCACUCCAGCCGACAAGUAUGCACACGUUCUUGUCGUAUAUUUUCAACCCUGACGAGCUUCGAGGAACGCUGCAAGACCAAUGGACUCGAGUACUGGAUGCUGAGUUUGUUGAGACGCAGAUAGUCGACAAGAUGCUAAGUUUUAAGCCAGAUAUCGACAAGCUAUUAAGUCAACUUCACACUAAAGCCUUCGGGCGAACUGCUUCUCGUGACCUCACCGAUCCCGACGCUACUGCGACGUCAAGCAAGAAACUAACUGUGCCUAUAGCGCCCAAUAUUACUCAGCCAAAGCCUCGAAAAACAGUCGAGCCUAUCCGUAUUCCUCGUGAGAUCAAAGCAAACCCAGUACCUGCAUCUCUCAACAAACUGUCACUAGCAGAGCUCAAAGCUCAACAAGAAGCUCGAAUAGAGCGGAUUAAGUCUGAAGUUGCGAGCAAAUAUGACUCGGCUGACGCGUUCCAACUUGCAACUGCUACACGAGGCAGCAAUCUUGAUGCAGUACGCGAAAAAGUAGAGCGCGAGCGUGAAGCAGCUCUGCACUUUGACUUCAAGGCGAAACCUGUUCCUCAUGCCAGUACAUCAUCAGCCAGCACUGCGGAAGUGAAGCUUACAGCGGCCGCUAUCUUGCGUGAAGAUGCCCUAUAUAAACGAAAGAAAGAGCAUGAGGCAGCUUUAAUCCGUGCAUACGAGUCAGAACUACGUGAUCCCCUCGAAUUCUACCGCUGGCAAGCCAACAUGCAGCAGCAAGACGAAGCAAAUUAUCGUCGCGAGGUGGAGACGCGUCGUCUUGAGAUGGUUCAAGCGCAAUAUGACGCGAUGGAGGCUGCACGUCAAGCCAAACUCGAGAAUCGAGAGGUGGCCAACGAGAUGAAGGAACAGGCGAAAGCUCGAGCUGAAGAACGGGAAAAAGAGGAGAACGAGCUGGUCGAGAAAUACCGAAAUCUCACCGAGGAAGUCAAGCGUGUACGUGACACAGCACCGCGAGAAGCAGAGGCUCAAGUUCGAGAAGAAAACGCACGACAGCGCGAUGCAUUGCAGGAAUUCUUGGCUGCUGAAAGAGAACGUAAAGCUCAGGAAGAUGCCAAGGAGCGAGCAGCACGCGAAGACCUGAUCCGUCAGAUUCGAGCUUUAGACCGAGUGCACCGUGAACAUGUGGCUGUGUUUGACCCUACGGAGACAGCUAAGCUGGGUCUACUGGAAGAAAUGUCACUUGCAGAGCUCCGUGAACGUCUUCGCGUACGCCAUGAAGACCAGAAACGCUGGGAAGAAUCUCGACGUGAAACUAUCCUGACCGACAAACAGGAGAAGAGUGUCGAUCUGCUUGAAAAAGCGACGAGUGCUGCACGUCGACGUCGAGCUACCGCAAGUGCAAACGCUGCAGCUCGUAGCAAGAAGAAAGCCCUAGCUGCAGCAAGGGAGAUGGAAGAGCAAGCUCUUCGUAGGAAAAACAACCUCGAGCUAGCAGAGAAGCUCAAACGUCAACGAGAGGAGCGUACGCAGCAGACUGAGAAGCUCCGCUUGGAGUCUGAAGAGCUGGCUACAAGACGACGAUUCCUUGGUGCUGCGAAGAAUAUGCUGGAAGAGAAUCACUUCGAUCAGCUCAAGUGUGGCUUUGAACGACAAGCCAAGAACCGACAGGGCACGCACCAGUAUGAGUCGAUCACCAUGGAGAACGUCCGUGCUCAAGAACACCGUAUGAAUGCCGACUAUCGUGAACGUCAGAGACUCGCUAAACAAUACGAAGAACAGGAGAGAGCUAGCAUCUACGCACGAGCCAAGGAGGACGCCAGACGACGCAAUCGCGAAGAAGAUGAGACGCUACGUGCCCUUGUGCGUCAUGAACAACAACGCUUCGUACACGCUCGAGGAACUCUGCAAGCACGAAACAUCUACAAGAACUAA